GCGAAGGGCAAAAAUCAUAAUUUCCACGGGGGGCACACACUUCGACUGCUAUCAGUACUCGCUCUCAUUCUUCCAAAUUUCCAAUGAAAUCGUUUCGAGUUUAACAAAGAACAGAUAAGGUGUACUCAGUGGCUAGUGCUAGAAUGCCACAUGCAAGGACUCAACAUUGUUGCUUUCUUCUUUGCUUGAUAACACUACAAGUCAUAUGCAGGGCUGACAGAAACAUUUUGAAUGUUGGAGAGGAACUGCAAAAGGAAACUCUACCAUUACAAAGUGGAUCCCGUAUCUACCAACUUGAAGGGCUUAGGCCGAGGACGUGGUAUGAAGUCAAGAUAUCAUAUCCUGCUUCUAUACCUGCUAGCUUUUCUUUACAACUGAACAAAGGAAAUUCGGACUUACUGCUCAAGCCCCAGAGGAAAUUACUGAAUACCGAAAAGUUGAUUUUCAAGAAUGAUUUACAAGAUGAUCAGAGUGGAACAUAUGUCAUGUUGACUGUGGAGCCGGAGGGGGUGGUUGCGAUACCUCAUGGAAAGGAGAGGGAAUUGGUCAUUUAUAACAUAGUUUGCGAUGAACUGGUGGUCGGUAUCCCACACAAAGCCUGGUGGGUUGUGAUCAUGGCGGUCGUUUGUUUGGGUGUGGCAUUUGCGAUCCCCUCUUUUCUACCGUUGGUUCUUAUGAGUACAGAUCCAACUUCUUCCAAGAAUUCUUGACUUGAUGAUCAAGUUCGACAUCCAAACUGAACGAGAAGGAGAGCUAAAGUGAGAAAUUUAAGAAGAGAUCUCAAUCAUUUGAUGCACACUAGGAUGAGAUGCAUCAGAUCAAUCCCCGUAUCAAGUGCGUUUCAUGGGUGAGUUUGAGAUCAAAGGUUCAGAUUUCUUCUUACGCUUCUCUUUUCAAGGGACUGUUUGGCAGUUGCUGAAUAGUUUGGUGUAUUUGUCUUUCUUAUGUUAAGUAUUUUUUGUCACCUUAUUACUAGCUGCUCUUCGUUUUUAUGGUGUACAAUAUAUUUAAUGGGUUUGUUUUGGCUAAUGUUGAGGAAUGAAAAUGAAAAUGAAUUU